UUACGUCAUAUGGAAGCAUCCAGUUUCCUAGAGACGUUCGAAGUCCAUCAACACUUCGGUGCUGAACACGACCCGGGACGCUGAGGCAGAAUAACACGGAGAAAAACACCCAAACAGUCACCACUCAAGGGUGAAGAUGAAGCUGAAUUCAUUAUCAGUUUUGUGUCUGUCGCUUCUUUUGUUUCAUUUUUCACUUGCCAAGAAAGGAGGCAGCUUUAGUAAAGGCUUCGGCUCAAAGAGGACCUCCACAUCUAACCGAGGCAGCACCAACACUAAGAGUAAUCCGGGCAACAAAAAUAACCAGGGUUCCAACCCUCAGGGUGGAUACCCCAGACAGCCUGGACAACCCAAUCAGGGAGGGUACCAUAACCAGUAUCCAGCACGGGGUUCCCCAUACGGAGGAGGGUAUGGUGGCCAAGGUGGUUAUGGAGGUGGCUACAUCAACCAAAACCCAAACAACAAAGUCCUGAGCCCUCAAUAUGGUGGCAGUUUUGGAUAUGGGGGCCGUGGUGCUGCGGGCGGCUCUCCCUUUUCUCACUCAGUUCAGUCAAUGGGCAUGUAUCCCUCUGAUAGAUCCAGAGGGUUUGGGCGCAGUGCGGUGAUGGCAGUAGCUGGAGGGGCUAUGGCAGGGAUGGCCCUGGGCUACGGACUUGGAAGGUUCCCCCGUCCUCCCUUCCAAUUCCACAACCCCCAGGAGGAGCAAUACUACAACAACUACAUGUACAGGAAAUAUGGUGCCAAGUCUACUGAUACCAAUGACUACAGCAGAGACUACGUGUACAGCCAACGCCCUGAAACCUAUGAUAGCUACAUGGACUCCUGCAUGAAGAGAACAGACCUUCUGUCUGCAGAGAAUAAAAAACCGAACAACAAACCAGCUGUUGUCACCUCAGACCCAGACUCUGGCACAGGAAGCAACACAACGGAGACCAACAGCACCGCAGCAGAAAACUCCUCAACCUCUGCCCCUUCAACUCCACGCCCUCUAAACCAGCCUGUAGCUAAUCCAGCACCUUCGGCUUCACAGGUUCUCAGCAGUGCUGAAGACGAUGAUACAGUCAGCAUUCUGGAGAUCGGCUACCCGGCACUGAUUGAUCAGAUAAAGGCCAGGAGAUGCUUGGAGCUGUACAUGCUCUACUCUGAAAAGUACUUGAAAAAACUGAACAGUGGGGUGCAGGGACUGGAGAUGGGCUGGCAAGGGCUUUUAGCUGUGGUCACCAGUGCUACACUGAUGCUACUGAACAGCAACAUGCUAAUGCUGCUGCACUGAGGACUUCAUUGAUGUUAAAGUGAUGGAGAAUGUUAAGUAAAGGGGUGGAAAAUGAUUAGGCAGAGAGAAACCUCUGACCUCUUUAGGACUUUCUUUAUUGUGUGCGGAUUUCUACUUUGAAAUCUUUCUUAAUAUUAAGGCAUUACCUCCUCAUGCAUGUGCUUGACUGGCACCACACAGCUGGCACAUAGUAGGGAUGUCCCAACCCGAUUUUAAAGAUCGGUAUUGGGGCUAAUCAAGACAUUUUUCAACUGUCCGGUAUCAGCUAUGUUGUGCCAGAUCCUAUCCUUUUUUUUUUACGUCAGCUUUCACGCAGGUGUUUUUACUCAAGUGCACAAGUGCAGCCGUCAUCAUCGCUCCAACUCUCCGCUCUCUCCUCUGUGUGUGUUAGAGCAGGGGCUGAGCCCCGCCCGUGGCGAAACACCACAGAUACAGCAAAACGCAGAAUGAGACUGUUUAUGUCAGGGGUGCCCAAAAGGUCGAGGGUAGUGCGAGUAGAUCAUGCACCGUCCAAAAAAUUAAUAUAUAUUCCCCCAACGGAACCCCGCGCCCCCUGAAAUUCAAGUUUUAGGGACACACACCUACAGUCAGAGACAGAGCGGAGGAAAGGAGAGGAGUGAACUAGGCACCCCCCGUCGCAGCAUUUUUUAAUACAGGUAGAUCACUGUGACCUGGUCAUUUCAAAAGUAGCUCAUAAACGAAAAAACUGUAGGCACCCCUGGUUUAUGUUAUUUACCUAAUUUAUGUGCACUCCUUUCACUCCAGCUCUCAUGCGUUUUACUGUCAUGUAUGUUGCACGCUGUUUCACCGCAGGCGGGGCCCCACCCUGCUUGCAUGGACACGGCAAGCGCAACAAAAGCCCUGCGGGCAAAAAGCCAAUAAGGGUCAUUUGGUAAUCUCAUACGCACACAAAAUGUCAAGAAGAUAAAAAUAAACACUCAACGAAAUACAGUUAUUCAGGUAACUCAGGCGAAGGCUGCACUAAAGCAACAAACACUGAAGGGCACUUUUAAAAGGAGAGAGGAACUUCAAAAAGAUUACAGAGAGGAUUUGUUAUUUAAUACUUUGUUAUUUUGUAAAAAAAUAAAUAAAAUAAAAUCAGGAUUAGCUUGGAUGCAGGGAAUGUUUUUCUUAAUGCCUUGCAGCGCUAUUAAAUUGUGAAGCAUGUAUACAUUUGAUUGUUUUUUAAUAACUUUUAUGUACGUAUGUAAGUGUGCACUGUGCAGCUGUAUUAUCUAGGAAAAUAGAACAAUUGGACCGGGACUUGGUAGAUACUUCUAUUUUCCACAUACUCAAUAUUAAAUCACUCAGACUUGAUCAUGACAUCACUAGCACACAGCAUUGCAUCUCUGAACUGUUUUAAAGUAAAGGAGGGGAAAAGGUUAGAGGAGAGAGCCAGUGUUGGAACGAAAUGCACUUCCGGUUUCCUCUUCUGAAAGAGAAAGUGGCCAUUAACGGUACUUUGAUACUCCAAACUAUUGAUGGGGCAGAAAUUUGGUCCAUUAAUGUCCAUUUAGAGUUAAUUGAACACACUCUCUAGCCAUUACAGAUACAAUUACAACAACAAGUGAUAAAAACCUCCACCAUCCACCCAUAGAAAUAAUGAGUGGCACUAUCACUGACUCAUCUUUGUGUGUUCGUGAUGUUUGUUAGAAAAAAUGUUUUAAACUAAAUGUAUUUUGUCUCAUAGGAAUAAGCAUCUGGGACAGUUAGUUUGCACCUGUGGGGCUGCUACUUGCUCUGUCAUGGUGACGUAACUGAUUUGUAACCAUGGACAUGCGCUUUUAAAGUGUGAUAUGAUUAUAUUAAUUCCAGGGAUGUUGAUGUUGGAGGACUGUCUGAUGUCAAGGAUAGUUAAAAGAGUUGGAAAAUCAGUGAAUAUUUAUCUAAAACUAUCAAUUUAUACUGAACUUUAACUUGUCUAUUAUUCUAUUAGUCUAUUAUUACAACUAUCUGUGCUUUAGACUGAGAAGUUUGACACUAUGAGCAUGACUGAGUAUUUGUAAUGAAUCAUAUCUACUCACUUCUUCGUAGCUUACAACACAAAUGGUCUUUUAUUAUAUCAGGUCCAUUGAAAUACAGAAACUCAAACCAAGAAGACUGACUUUUCUAUGUGUACUGCUCUUUGUACAGUGUGUUGUGUAUUUCAGAUUUAUACACAUUUCUUCUUUCUCCCUUCUAUUGAAUGUUUUGCUUCCCUCUUCUUUCUCUGGGUAGCUUGUAUUUGCAGAAGUGCUCUUAAAGUGUAAAAACCUCUGAUGUACUAAUCCUGAGCUGAAUUCUUCUCCAAAUGUUACUGAAUGUUAUCUUGCAUUAUCUGCUGAGGCUGCAUAUCAAGAUAUGUACAAUACAAUACAUAAGAUUUAUCCAAUACUCACAAUACAAUCUGAUCAUAGAAGCUGAUUACUUAAAAAAAAACUCUCUGGAGGUCUAAAAUCUCUGAUUCCUGCUUCAUAAAUGUGAAUAUUUGCAUAUAAGUAAUCGUUAGUCGUCUUUAUAUACUUUCUGGGCAGUUUAAUCUAUAGCAAUACGUUGUAUUCUAUAAAACCAUCAUAUGUUUGUAGCAACGCUGAUUAAAUAGUUUAUGUAGCUUAAAAAGGAGGAGAAUUUUCUCAACACAUAAAGGAACACGUAACCCUUAUCAAGGGGGGGAAAUCCAAAUUAAAAUCCUCAGAUGUGGAGAUGCAUGUUCAUUGUACAGGAAGUAAAAAGUACAAUAUUUACCUCUGAGAUGUAGUGAAGUAUAUUGAGAAAGUAGCAUAAAAUGGAAAUACUCAAGCAUAAUACAAGUACCUUAAAUUUGUACUUGAGUAAAUGUACUUAGUUACAUUCCAGUGUCGUCAUGACAACUAAAACCAGGUUAUUGACAUUUUAGCGACAAUCACUAAACUAUAAUUACAACAAACUCUUUUUCUUUGUUUGACUAUAGAAACGUUUGACCAAAAACCUCACUGUGUACCUUUAAUGUGUUGUUAUGUGUAUGCUAUGUCAUCGUGUGGCUUUGAAUGUAUUUAAGAAUGCACAUGUACCGCUUUUAAAGACAUGUUUGCCUUUUACUGUGAGGGAUCACAUUUAAUGUGCUGCUGGAGCUUCUACUGAAUACUGAGGGUUGACUCGCACGUUUGGCUUGUCUUGUCAAAUAAAACAUAAACUUUACUGAUGUA